CUGCGCGGAUGUCGCCUGCUAAGGGAGCAGCAGUGUGUGUUCUGAAUGAACGGAGGGAAUGUAACGCUGCAGGGAUGUGUGUCGGAGGCGGAGCGCUGAGUCAGUGCACUCGGUAGUGCGCUUGCUGUCAGCUCACAGGCGGCGCUUUGUUCAACACGCACGCACGCACGCAGAAGCUCGACACGUCACGCCGAGUCUAACGGGAAACAGCGGCUUCUCAGUCGGGAUGAAGGCACCGAUCGCGCCGCGCUCGUCCGGCGGAGAAUAAGCGCGAGGAUCUGCUCACGGCGGCGGAGGAAAAUAACGCGAGCGACGGCCACCGACAGCAUGAGGAGCGCGUUAUAGACGCAUCCUCUCCAGACACUGCCGCGUUAUCCCCACGCGAUGGACACGAUGGAGCGCGACGCGUUCACGCCUCUGCUGGAGGAUUUUCUGCGCUCUCCUCUGGUGUGCUGGGUGAAGACGGUCUCUCCGCUGGGCUCCGGAGGCUCUCAUCUGUCUGACUUCAUGACUUUAGUGGACGGGGUUCAUCUCAACGACAUCAUGACUGAGAUAAACCCAAAGAGCAGCGUCCAGAGAGUCCACAGGAAGGUCAAGAACGAGCCGACGCUGCGCGUCCAGAACCUGUCCCUCCUCGUGCAGCAGAUCAGGUCCUGCUAUCAGGAGACACUGCAGCAGCUGGUGGUGAUGCCACUUCCUGACGUGCUGGUGCUGGGCAGGACUCCUCUCAGUGAGCAAGGACUGGAGGAGAUGAGGAAGAUCCUGCUGCUGCUGCUGGGCUGUGCUGUACAGUGUAACAGGAAGGAGGACUACAUCGACCGGAUCCAGAUGCUGGACUUUGACACACGGGCAGCCAUCGCUGCUCAUAUUCAGGAGGUGACCCAAAACCAGGAGAAUGUGUUUGACCUUCAGUGUGUGGAAGAGAGCGAGUGCGUCCCACACGAUAAAGAUGCUGUCUUCAGACAGCUGACCUUUAACCUCAAGCGCCUCGUUGACGAGAGAGACCAGCACGCUGAGACGAUCGUGUCUCUGACUCUGGAGCGGGACAGUGGGCUCGUCUCUCUUCACAGCGCCCCAUCGCCCGGAGACUCGUCCAGCAUGAGACGCACAGAGAGCGUGCAGCAUCUGUCGGUGGAGCUGGCCGACGCUAAAGCCAGGAUCAGACGCCUGCGGCAGGAGCUAGAGGAGAAGAGCGAGCAGCUGCUGGACUGCAGACAGGAGCUGGAGCACGUGGAGACGGAGCUCAAGAGACUGCAGCAGGAAAACCUGCAGGUGCUGUGUGACGUGCGGUCACUGCGGGCGUACCGGGACGAGCUGGACGCGCUCCGAGAGAAGGCCAUCAGGGCGGACAGACUGGAGAGUGAAGUGACGCGCUACAAAGAGAAGCUCCAGGACGUGGAGUUCUACCGGACCAGAGUGGAGGAACUGAAGGAGGACAAUCAGGUGCUGCUGGAGACCAAGAGCAUGCUGGAGGACCAGCUGGAGUCGUACAGAGCUCGCUCUGAUAAACAGCACGAGCUGGAGAAGGAGAACCUGCUGCUUCAGAACACGAUCCAUGACCUGGAGACGGAGCGAGACGUGGACAGGAAGCGCAUGGAGGAGCUGCUGGAGGAGAACCUGACGCUGGAGAUGGCACAGAAACAGAGCAUGGACAAGUCUCUGCAUCUGGGCUGGGAGCUGGAGCAGCUCUCCAAGACCACACCCGAGCUCACCGGAGUGCCGCAGAAGUCUCUGGGUCACGAGGUGAAGGACCUGACGUCCAGUCAGCUGCUGAAGCUGGAGAAGGAGAAUCAGAUGCUGCUGAGGAGUGUGGAGGAGCUGAAGAGCGGCGCACAGCUCCACCUGGAGAGAGACCAGCAGAAACUCAGCCAGCAGCUGGAGCAGCUGCAGGCGGAGCUGACUGCAGACAGAGAGAGUCUGCGCUGCGCUCAGAGUCUGAGCACAGAUCUGCUGAAGGAGAAGACGCAGCUGGAGAAAACACUGGAGACGCUCCAGCAGAGCUCCGACAGACAGGUCAAGGGUCUGGAACAGGAGAACGAUCAUCUGAACCAGACCAUCGCCUCUCUCAGGCAGCGCUCUCAGGUCAGCGCUGAGGCCCGCGUCAAAGACAUCGAGAAAGAAAACCACGUGCUGCACGAGUCCAUCAAAGAGACCAGCAGCAAGCUCAACAAGAUGGAGUUUGAGCGCAAACAACUUCGCAAAGACCUGGAGCACUACAAAGAGAAAGGAGAAAGAGCCGAGGAGCUGGAGCUGCAGGUUUAUCGACUGGCGCGAGAGAAGGAGAGUCUGCAGAAGCGUCUCGCUGCUCUCGCCAUCACCUGCGGGAAGGUGGAGGUGCUGGAGAAGGAGAAUGCCGAGCUGGAAGCGGAGAGCAGGAAACUGAAGAAAGCAGCAGACGGUCUGAGGAACGUUUCCUAUCAGCUGGAGGUCCUGGAGAAGGAAAACACUCAGCUGGAUGAAGAAAACCUGGAGCUCCGGCGCAUGCUGGAGUCUUUACGGUCCACUGGAGCAAAGGCUGCUCGGCUGGAGCUGGAGAACAAAGAGCUGGAGAACGAGAGAACCCAACUCAAAAAGAGUCUCGAGCUCCUGAAGGCUUCGUCCAAGAAAAACGAGCGUCUGGAAGUCAGUUACCAAAGCCUGGACGCAGAGAACCAGCGGCUGCAGAAAGCCCUGGAGAACGGCAGCCGCAAGCUUCAGCAGCUGGAGGGAGAACUGCAGGACACGGAGGUGGAGAACCAGAGCCUGCAGCAGAGCCUGGAGGAGCUGAGGAUCUCCAGCAAAGGUCUGGAGCAGCUGGCGCAGGAGAACGCAGCCCUGGAGCAGGAGAACAACCAGCUGGAGAAGGACAAGAAGCAGCUGGAGAAGGAGAACAAACGGCUGCGACAGCAGGCUGAAAUCAGAGACUCCAAACUCGAUGAAGACAACCUGCGCAUCUCUCAUCUGGAGAAGGAGAACCGCACGCUGGGCAAGGAGGUCACCGCUCUCAAAGACAUGUGUGGUCACGUGAAAGACUUGGAGAAGGACAAUAAAGAACUGGUCAAACAAGCAACCAUAGACAAGAAGACCCUGGUCACUCUGAGAGAGGAGCUUGUCAAUGAAAAAUUAAAGACCCAGCAGAUUAACAAUGACCUGGAGAAGCUGACCCAUGAGCUUGAGAAGAUCGGCCUCAAUAAAGAGGGGCUUCUGGGUGAUGAAGAGAGCUCUGAUGACAGGUUUAAACUUCUAGAGUGUAAACUGGAGUCUGCUCUGAAGUCCUCUCUGGAGAUCAAAGUGGAGAAGAUCGCUGCUCUGGAAGCCCGACUGCAGGAGUCCUCCAACCUCAACCAGCAGCUGCGGCAGGAGCUCAAAACGGUGAAGAAGAACUACGAGGCUCUGCGCCAGCGUCAGGAGGAGGAGUGUUCGGCUCAGAGCUCGCCUGCAAGAGGACGGGAGGACACACAGAGCAGAUGGGAGAAGGAGAGUCAGGAGGCCACGCGAGAGCUUCUGAAGGUCAAAGACCGGCUCAUAGAGGUGGAGAGAAACAACGCCACUCUCCAAGCAGAGAAGCAGGCUCUCCGGACGCAGUCAAAGCAGCUGGAGUCUCAGAGCGGGAAUCUCCAGGCGCAGAUACUAGCUCUUCAGAGACAGACCGCGUCCCUACAGGAGAACAACACCACACUACAAACACAGAACGCCAAACUACAGGUGGAGAACUCGACGCUGAGCUCUCAGAGCGCCGCUCUCAUGUCCCAGAAUGCUCAGCUGCAGACGCAGCAGUCCGGCACAGAGAGCGAGAGGGACGUGGCCAUUCGAGAGAAGGAGGAACUGCGCACGGUCUACGAUCUGCUGCUGCGCGACCACGAGAAGCUGUCUGCGCUGCACGAGAGACAGGCCUCGGAGUACGAGGAUCUGAUCGGCAAACACGGAGAGCUGAAGAGCGGCCACAAGAGCCUGGAGCUGCAGCACCGCAGCCUGGAGAACAGGUACAAUCAGCUGCUGAAGCAGAAGACCGAGCUGGAGCAGCUGGAGAGAGAACUCACAGCUGAGCGAGAGAAGAUGAUCUCCGACAGCAAGAGCCAUCAGGACACGGCCGCACAGUACCAGAGGCUCAGCGAGGAGCUCCACACGCUGAGCUCCACGCACCUGCAGCUCCUGAAGGACAAUGAGCUUCUGCAGACCGAUCAUAAGACCCUCAAGAGUCAGCUGAACACGGCCCGGCUGGAGCAGACGCGUCUGGAGGCCCAGUUCUCCAAACUCAAAGAACAGUACCAGCAGCUGGACAUAACCUCCACCAAACUCACCAACCAGUGCGAGUUGUUAAGUCAGCUGAAGGGGAACCUAGAGGAAGAGAACCGGCAUUUGCUGGAUCAGAUCCAGACCCUCAUGCUGCAGAACCGGACCCUGCUGGAGCAGACCAUGGAGAGCAAAGACCUGUUCCACGUCGAGCAGAGACAAUACAUUGACAAACUCAAUGAGCUGAGGAGACAGAAAGAGAAACUCGAGGAGAAGAUCAUGGAUCAGUAUAAAUUUCAUGACCCAUCACCUCCACGAAGGAGGGGCAACUGGAUCACGCUGAAGAUGAAGAAACUGAUCAAGCCAAAGAGUCGUGAGCGCAUGCGCUCUCUCACACAGACCCCACCCCACUCUGAGUCCAGCGAAGGUUUCCUGAUGCUGCCGCAGCCGGACAGUCAGGACAGCUCGUCCGUCGGCUCUGGAUCCAACUCACUGGAGGACACGCUCACCCACCGCACCAGCACUCCGCUCAGAGCGCCGAAAAAGCUUCCGUUCAUGAGGAACCGAUCCAAGGAGAAAGACCGAGUGAAGGCCGUCUACCGCCGCUCUAUGUCCAUGAACGACCUGCUGCAGACGAUGGAUCUGUCUGAGGGUCAGUGGUCCAGCAGCACAGAUCAUCUCGAAGCUCGUGACGAGGCCAUCGGCUCUCAGCACAGGAAGGAGUUUGGAUCCAUGGACUACGCCAGCCUGACCCUGACCUUUACCCGCGGCGCUCGCCAGCGCUCUGAUACAGACACUGCUGUGUCCAGUGAUGACAUCACACAGCUGUCGUCGGAGGAGUGCGGUGCGCUGCGAGCUCAGGGUGUGAUGAACGGCAGUGUGAGCCGGCCUCACAGCGAGAGCAGCGGUGACGUCUCUGUGAGUCUGGACAGUCCCCUGAGGCAGAGGUCAGCGCAGCACAGCUCUCUGGACGGCAAGCCUGCAGGAAGUGAGCAGAUCCUGACGGAGAGCACAGAGCCAGCAGAGGACGUUCUCUCAGCACAGUCGUCUGGUGUGUCCCGAGAGCGUGUGAAGAGCCGUGGCAUCUUACGCUCGGCCAGCGGCAGGGCUCCACCGGGACGUCCCAGCCGCACCAAGGGCUCCGGCCUGUCGUCGCAGAGCAAGGCGCUGUCUGUGUCAGUGUCGGAGCGUCUGGACUCGUCCUCAGGCCUGCCCCGCGCCAGCAGCGUCAUCUCCACGGCCGAGGGCUCCGUGCGCCGCACCAGCAUCCACGACCUGCUCUCCGAGGACAGCCGUGAGCCCUCCAAUGUGGAAGUGUCACAGGACAGCAGGACGUCUAAAAGCAGAGGUGGAGCGCAGAGUUUGUCCUGAAUUCCCACGGUGAGUGUCAGGAUCCUCCUCUUCCUCAGGAGACACACAAUCACUAAUCAUAGUCACCACAAUCAGCAUCGAGCAGUCAGUAACACUCACUGAAUCCUCAGAAACACAGACUGUAUGAACAGAGUCUCACUGAUACUGAUGCCUCUGUUAAAUGGGUUAUUUCUCUGUUAAUAUCUUCCAUCAGUUCAUUGCUCCUCGCUUUAUUUUGCAUGUUUAUUUUCAUGAUAAAUAUGUAAUAAAACUGA